AUGACUGUGAGGAAGACGGCGGUGGCGGGCGGCGGGCGGCGAACGGCGAAAUCGGCAGAGUCGUUUAUCAGUAGAGCAAUUCAGCUCAAUAUUAAGGAACUAAAUGCACAAAGGCAGUCUCGUGAGGUGAGAAUGAGUAGAAAUUUCUAUCUUUGGUACUCUCAGGAGACUUUAAGAAAAGCUGAAGAGAUUUUCGGGAUGGAUAAUAAAGACCUCUACAUAUCAUUUCAGGAACUGACUCGGUGUACGCCUCAUUAUUUGACCUUUAAACAUGGAUAUGAGACUUUGAGAAAAGCUGAAGAGAUUUUCGGGAUGGAUAAUAAAGAACUCUACAUAUCAUUUCAGGAGUUGCUAAACCGUAGCAUGCAUUAG